CUUGUGGGUGAGCGCCAAUCAGAAUUCAGAUUCGCUCGCUGCUCCGCUAAACACAUGUUGUCUUUCAACUUUGCGUUUCUUGGCGCAAAUCGAAAAAGGACGAAUAAAGAUCGCAAUAAUCUUUUCAAACUCUUUCGGUCUAUCUAUAAAUUAACUAGCAACUAUAGCAAGGAUUCAUACGCGGUACUUAGUUGAAAUGUAACGCCUAAGCGCGGAGUAAGCGGACACAAUUUAUAAACAAGUUAAGAAAGUUUUGGGUUAGGCUAGGUGAUCGAUUAAGAGAACGCGUAGGCGUCUGUAUACGCGACAAUACGCGAUAUACGCGUGGCUUAUCAGUCGUCAUGAUUGACUCUUACCAGUCGAGGGUGUACGAGAAGAAAUUGAGGUAAUUAAGAUGCAUAUGUGGUACUGGUUUGGUACGGAUUUAGGCAGCUUUUUGUUUCCGGGAUACAAUGUUAAUACGAUAUGGGGUUUGGUGGCGACAUGUUUUGGCUUAGCUGCCCUCGCAGUGCUGUACGAAGCCAUGAAGGUCUCCCAAAUUCACCUGCAACAGACUGUGAUUAGAUCCAUAUCUCGAACGACCUCGGCCUCCUCGGAGAACUCGUCCCUCCUAUCCAGAGUGACGCCAAAGAACUUUAGAUCAUACACAAGAUGUGGAAGUUGCUCAAGAUGGACACUGCAAAUGUUGCAUUGGUCUCUUCAUACUGCGCUCGGUUAUAUCCUGAUGUUGGCUGUUAUGACAUAUAAUGCAUAUAUCACUAUCGCCCUUGUAAUCGGAGCGUGCAUUGGAUAUGGCAUAUUUGGUCCUACACUUAUACAAUUAAACAUGCAAUAUUUUCAUCGUAAACAAGCAGUUGUGGAAUGUGAUAAGAAUUGCGAAGAUAUUGUCGCGAAUCUACAGAGACGCGAAUCUGCUGUCUCUAUCAUUGCAGAACAAUUAGUUACAGAAGCAAAUAUCGAGAUUCACUUACAGAGAGAUGCACAAUGUAACGUGCUUCUAUGGCUGGUGGUAGACGAACUCAUUCGGUUUCAGUGAUUACGGUGUAGAGCCAGUAUGGCUCUAUUAUAACAUUAAGACCUGUAACUCACGAUUGAAGAGUUAAUCGUGAAUUGUGGAAUUGGGCUUUAAAAUUUGAAAAUGUAAGUUAAUCAGAAAUAGAAUUUUUAGCACAAUAACGAAGUAGUAUAUACCAUGGUGUGUAUUAUUCCAGCGCAGUACAGCUUACAUAUAACUGGGAUGCUAUUCUUUAUACAUCUACCGAUAGUUGUCGUUAUGUAUAUUGUGCAAUUUUUUUACUAUACAUAUCUGCGGACACACCUCUGCAUGAUGCAAGGCUACACCCAGUGCAUCCCAAAGGAAAACGCAAAACGCUAUUAGGGUCGGGAACGGCGCAUUUAUACAUAAUUCAGUUGCA